AUGGGAAUAAAGGAAGUGUUCAACUUGGCGCGGGUGCCCUCCAUCCUCAUGCUCGGGGUGGUUUACAUCACUUAUGUGCUGAUCGGCGGGGUGAUUUUCUGGAAGUUGGAGGGAGAUCUCGGAACAAAGGACAUCAAUCUUUUACUGUCGCACAAAAAGAGGGUGCUCGCGACGUACACCUGUCUGAACCAAGAAGGCCUGGAGGAGGUGGCUCAGGUUGUUCAAGAUGCGUCCAAGGUGGGCCUAAGUUUGAAAGGCAACUACACCACGGACGGCUUCUGGAAAUUCACCAGUUCAGCUGUGUUUGCUGCCACUGUGGUCACAACUAUAGGUUAUGGGAACAUGAGUCCGAGCUCUACUGCUGGCCAGAUCUUCUGUGUGUUCUUUGCACUAUUUGGUAUCCCGCUCAACAUGGUGGUGCUCAACAGGGUGGGCAAAUACAUGCUUGCUAUAGAGAGGAACAUCUCCGACUUCCUGGAGGGAAAGACCGGGCGAAGGAAGUGUACCCGUUUUUUUGUCCACCUGGUGUCAUACCUAUCUGGAGCAGUGCUCUUCUUUGUUGUGCCCAUGAUUGUGUUCCAGCAGCAUGAGGGCUGGACUUUCUCCCAAGCCAUCUACUACUGUUUCAUUACUCUGAGCACCAUCGGCUUCGGAGACUUUGUGGCAGACAGUAAUCCAGACAAAACUUACCCAGAGUGGUACAGCAUCCUCAUGGCCUCAUGGAUCUUCUUUGGCCUGGCCUGGCUGGCCCUCCUCAUCAACCACUCUAUUGACAUCCUGGAGCGACUCAACACCCACUGCAAACAGCGGUGGGGUGGACAGAAGCCAGAGGAAGAGUCUGGCACCACAGAAGGCGACAACCCAGACACACAGCUGGAGGAGGAAGACGAGAUCAAGAAGCCUCCAAUGAGUCAGUAAACUAAGGUAAAAAGGUGAAGAUUCCAGAGAUUUGACCUAAUCAUAGAAUUAUCUCUCUGUAGAUC